AUGGUUUCCGCUUUGGGGGUUCCGGCCCCUUUGUUUACAUAUUGCCUAUUCCGGCUGCGGAUCGCACUGGACGUCAACAAGCGCCUGAGCCAUGGGAGGUGUCUGGAGCGUCGCUACCUGAACUUAGCUCUUCGUUUUCCACACGCCAACAGCUAUUUUCUGAGUUCCCAGAAGGGACUUGCGCUCAGCAUUGCACGCCUUACAAGCCCGCGACUCCACAAAAUGUUUCUGGACCAAAGCGCCACCGCUCAGAGCGCGUCUGCCACAGUGGACUCGCUGCUGAGCGAAAUCGAGCACGAGAUCCCAAUCCACGCCAAACGGCAGAUCCCGCUGCAAGAAAUCGGCGACGACACAAUGGAGGAGAUCGUGCGCUACAACACCAGGUCUAACUCCAGCGCCGCCGCGGUAGACCCCGACACGGAGCCGCUGCACUCCCUAUUGGAAAACGGCAAUCGCAAGUCAGUUAUGUUCAGCGACGAUUUCGAGCUGCACGAGUACUCCGCGGUCGACGACGCCGCAGCAGGCUCUGCACCCGCGUCGCCUGUUGUGUGGGACCUUGCCCCGCUUCCGCAAGUGCGCGCCGGCGCGGGCAGCGCAAGGAAAACAUCGCUGCACCUUGAACGCGACCACUCCGAUACCGAGACUGACAGCGAGGACCAAAGUCUCAAUGAGACCUUCCAGCUGGGACAUGCCGAGCUCAGAGCCAACACGGUGUCAAACAUGGACGAGCGGCUCGCCCACGUAUAUGACAACCACCACAGCUCGCUAAACGUGCCAAGGCUCAAGGAAAUGGUGAACGACAUUGACCAACAGGCCAACUUCCAAACAACCUCGGAGGUGCAUACGCAGCCGCUCAAAAUCACCUUCGAAUCCACGCGGCCGCUAAUCGACAGUAGCGACGACCCGCAGAUGCUCGAGUUUGAGCUGCAGUCGAGGGACUCCGACGAUCAAGCGUUCACUUCCGCCCAACAUUCGCCCUCAAAAAUCCCUACAACUAACACCAUACGCAUUAACAGGCUGAGCACCGCCGAGCCGCUGACGGCGUCAGGGAGAUUAUCAUCAGGCUCUUCCGUGGAUGAAAGCGAGACAGAUCUUGAGACUACCAUGAGGCAGGACAAGUUCCAGCUUCUGAGGACGUCAGCGCCCCCAGAUCUCUCUAAGCCUCUCAAUGCCCACAGCUAUCAUGUGUCUAGCAGGAGCUUGCUUUCGCACAACGCGGAUAACAAUUCCCGGGCCUUCAGCAUGGCCACCACUGCAGAUGAGUUUCAAUCUGCCAAAGAGAGCAUUAGCUGCGACAUGUCGGCAGACGAAUCUCAGAGCAACUACUCCGUAGAGGACUUGCAAAUAUCCACUGGCAUGGUACGAGAAGAUGAUACUUUAGGGAGCAUUACCCAAUCUAUGCAGUCUGACAUAAAACACUCGCAUUCGCUCGGGGCAAGUGGUGCCGAUGGAUAUCCUCCUUCACUACCGCCAUUGAACACAUCCUAUGUCGACCGCAUCAGCAAAUCCGGCUCUACCUCCACAGUAAAGAUCACCUCUCUUCAAAACUUGAAAGGACACAUUUCAGAAAGUGACACAGAGCGGUAUGAUGAUGAAGAGGCGGAACAAGGGAAGUUUAGUUCAAGCCCUGGGUCUGACAAUGAAAACGAUGAGCCAAUCCCGUUCACUCGAACCAGCUGCCACUCUUCGAUUAACCGAAGCAGUUCGGCGCAUUCGUUGAGCAAUACAUCUGCGAAAGACAUUGAGUUGACGAAUAACUCUGCAGAACCGCUACAAAAAGCAGAACAGACAGAACCCCAAAGUGCCAGGGACAAUAGCAGCGAGGCUGCUGAUACAGCCUCAAUGCAUUCUGGUGCAUCAGCAUCGGGCAUCCCAAAUCAGUUGCAGGAUACAAGAAUAGUUUCCAAUAACUUCAGCAAGCUUUUUGACGAGGAUGCGAUUUUCGGAGACUUAGAAGAAACCUCCAAUGACUCCAUCGACAUUACCAGUUCAGUUAAGCCCUCGGACUACUUGUCAAUCUGGCGUUCUCAAGAAGUGAACACUAAGUCUUCGCCAACUAUCAGCGCCAAUUCUCAGUUUUCACAGCAAUCAAGUGGCACUGCUGGCUCCUCUAUAUCUAUGCACUCAAAUUUCAAGCUCAAGCCCAGGAUUAUAAGCAGAAGCAGGAUAUGUUACCCUCCUCCUAAAUCUGAGAAUGCCUUCAAGCUGAGAGAUAUCUGCUCAGUCCCUCAAGCAAGUGGAAUUGGCAUUUUGGAUCCACUUCGGCUGAAACCAAAAGUUUCUAGAGAGAUCUCUGUGGACCUUAAAUUGGCUUCUGUAACCCAAAGUCCUCGAGAGCUGAGCCAUGACGCACUUCAAGAGAGUACAUGCGUGUCCAGAGACGCUGAUGCGAACACGGAUAACAGUGAAGAGCCAGCGUCGCGGGAGACCAAUAUUCUUACUGUCGAGAAAAAUCAACCCGAAGAGCCCAUGACGCCAGUAAAGGAAAAGCGCGUUGCAUCUGUAAACCUCAGUUUACCUGAUAUUUCCGGCGACAACUUUGACGUCUCUAAGGAGCUCGGAGAUGUUCUCGGGACACUCAAUCAUGAUGAAAUGUCUUUGAAGCAAACUAGCGCUGGCAAAAAUAGCGACUCUCUAGUCUAUGACAUCUGGGACGAGAACAACUACCAGAACGGCGUUGAACUUGAGCUUGAUGACCAAGAUGAAAAACAAACCAAGGAAAUAUUUAAUGGAGGAGUCUUGACGAAAUUGUUGAGCCAAGAUUCAAAAGCUGUAGACGAAGAUGGUGAGCAAAGGCCGAAGGGUGGCCUGGGUCUAUUGAGGAAUACUGACAGCGAUGUCGCCGUGUGCAGAGCAGAUAGCAUAAAGGGGCUUGAUGUCAUUAGAUCUGCUUCAAGCGAUUCCGUACAGCAUAGCUUCGAGCACUUCAAACAACCCCACACACCAUCCCCAAUUAAGGCAUCUCACAUUGACAGUCCAUUUAAAAUUGUUAGGGCAAGAAAGCUGAUAAACAAUAAAGUUAUUUCGCCCGACUCAAUUGCCAAAACUGAGCUGUCCACUGAAGCUGCAUCUUCAGAACACGAUGUUUCAAUAUCGGGCAGUAAUAAGACCGUUGUUAACGAAGAAAGGGAAAAAGAGUCACUAUUUACAGCGGACCCUGCUCUAUUAGAAGACCUCGGCAAGUUUUACAUUUUUGUCAAAUCAAUUCAAAAGUUGAGGCUAGAAGACAUUGAAAGACAUAGUCCUGAGGUUUCCUUGGAGCUUGAUAACGGCACACAUAUAGUACAGACUCCCUGGCAACCCCUGAAAAAAGAGGGCAUUCAAGUUAAGCAAGAAUUUGAACUCAUAAUGAAGAAUGAAGAGCUCGGAACUACCUCUCAACUCGUAAUCACUGUCAAAUGCAGGUAUAAAAGACCACAAGCGGAACUCGUAGAAGUUAUCGAGCGCAUUCCUAUUAAGAAGAAAGUGCCUUUCGGAAAGACAAAGUACACAACAAACAAAAAAUAUGUGCAGAAGAAAUUGGACUUCGAUGCAUGGGACCUCAAAUUUGCUCAAGAUGGUUCUUUUGCCCGUUGCACUGUACCAUUGAGGUCAGAUGUUUUGAAGCAAACGUCGUAUACACAGAAAUCGUAUCGGUUCUCCCUUUAUAACGAGUGGGAAAGGCAAAAGAAUCCUUCUCAACAACAGGCAAAAUUAUGUGAGCUUCCACGCAAGCCUGCUUAUGAAGUAGGAGAAGUCACCCUAGAAAUGUGCUUUCUUCCUCGGACCUCAAAGCACGAAAAGUUUCCAAAAACGUUGAAACUAGCACAGGACGUGGUUGACAAGUACAAUGAGCAGCAGAGAAUAAAUUUCCAGGGUUAUCUGUGGCAAGAAGGUGGUGAUAUCGAUUGUUUGCUGCAGAAGCGCUACUUUGUUUUAAAAGGAACUCAGCUUGUCGCACAUCAUGAGAUCACGAAAAAGCCGCAAGCCCUGAUUAAUUUACUGAAAGUCGUUAGUGUCGUGGGCGAGGGCAAAAUAACUGAAGACAACAUCAAAAAGGUGCGCAACUUCACGGACAUUGUGCUUUUCAGUGAGUGCUUCAAGUUAAUCUUCGAGAAUGGCGAGGUUAUCAACUUGGAUGCAGAAUCAGCGGAACUCAAGAGCAAAUGGACUGAACUGCUUACUCGUGUAGUUGAGUUAAACAAGUUUCAUCAGCCAUGGGUAAAACACUUUUCGAACAACCGUGCCAUGGACGUCUAA